AUGACCAUAGCGGAAAAUUCGACGCAAUCGGUUGACGAGUUUAAAACAUGUUUGUAUGAUAUGCAAAAUGUCCGCAAACAAUUGACCAAGUUGAUUUUAUCCGCGCAGGAUGUUGACCAAAAGUAUUUCGAGGUAAUUGAGCGCACACUUUAUGAGCUAUGCGAUAGUCGAACGAAUGGUGAAAUUCGAAAAAUCGCUUCUCACGGCUCAACGUUCUCAAUCAACAUUCAAGACGAGAUUCGUGGACUCAAGAAAGACGAUGAAUUCCUCAAGAAAUAUUUGCAAGUCGAAGAUCAUCGCUGGGAAUUGAUCGAUGUUCCCGAGAUUCUAUCGCGCUAUUUUGCACGUGGUGUCGAAGAAUUCUACAAUGAGAUGGAGAUGUGCGAAAAGUUCUUGCGCAAGCUCAUUGAAACCGAAUCGACCGAUGGUGUUCUUCCAUUGUUCAUCACUGAUUGGGAUGGAACCAUGAAGGAUUAUUGCUCGCAAUACGCCACUAAUGUUCAGCCCGUCUAUAGUGCGGUAGCAAUGGGACACUUUGCGCGCCAGUUCACUCGCGCUUUUGCCGUUUUGACAGCCGGACCACUUCGCCGUCCAGGAAUUCUCGACUUGACCGCACUUCCCAUUGAUGGACCAGUUCUAUUCAGUGGCUCUUGGGGACGCGAAUGGUGGCUUCGCGGUAAGCGUGUCGUUCAUGAAGACGGAAUUCCCGAAGAAGGAAGCGUUGCGAUUGGGCAGUUGUACGAGCAAAUGGAUGAAGUCAUCCAUGAAGGUGAUUUUGUCCAAUUCGCGCUAGUUGGAAGCGGAAUUCAGAAGAAGGUCGAUCGCCUCACAUUGGGCGUCCAAACAGUCUUCGGUCAAGUGCCACGUGAUUUGUCGUCGCGAUACAUUGAGGCGGUCAAGGAGCGCAUUCAUCGGGUCGAUCCGAGCAACCAGUUUCUGGUUCUCGAAAACUGUUCGCCAUUAGAAAUCGAGGUGUGCGUGCACUCAUCGGGAACGGUUUGGAACAAGGGUGAUGGUGUUAGCUCAUUGGUUGAAUCGCUUGGCGAUUCACUGAAGAAUGGCAAGGUGUGUGUUGCUGGCGACACACCAAGCGAUUUGCCGAUGCUCAAGAGAGCAAUGGACGAAAAUCCCGAGAAUACCUUCGCACUUUUUGUUGAUGCCAGGGAAAAUUUAAAAUCGAUGGUCGCUCAAAUUGUACCUGAUGAAAGCCGCGUUUGUUUUGUGUCGAACCCCGAUGUUAUUCACGCAGCGUUUGCCAAGAUCAUUAAAGAAGCCGCGCAACAAUAA